AGCGAAAUUCCAGCCAUUGGCAUUUCUAGGAGUUCCAACAUAUAAAAAAGAAGGAAGGAAUUCAUGAAGGGAUUUCCAUAAUCUUCAUUUUGGGUUUAAAGGAAGGAAGGAAUUCAUGAAGGGAUUUUUAAGCUCUUUCACUAGGGUUGGUGGUGUUAGAGGUUAUUCAAGCGUAAAGAAGGUUGAAGGGAUUAAGCAUGCUAUAGCGGUUGCUUCUGGUAAAGGCGGUGUGGGCAAGUCCACCACUGCAGUUAACUUGGCUGUUGCACUUGCUACCAAGUGCCAACUGAAAGUUGGUUUGCUUGAUGCUGAUGUGUAUGGACCAAAUGUUCCUAUCAUGAUGAAGAUCAAUAGUAAGCCAGAGGUGACUGAAGAUAAAAAAAUGGUUCCAAUUGAGAACUACGGAGUCAAGUGUAUGUCAAUGGGGUUGCUUGUGGAGACAGAUGCUGCCUUUGUGUGGAGAGGUCCCAUGGUAGGGAAUGCUCUUGGAAAAAUGGUCAGGGAUGUGACCUGGGGAAAACUUGAUAUUCUCGUGGUGGAUAUGCCCCCUGGCACUGGUGAUGCUCAGAUAGCUAUUUCUCAACUGCUACAUUUGUCAGGUGCUUUGAUUGUUUCAACUCCUCAGGAUGUGGCAUUGAUGGAUGCUCGUAGAGGAGUUAAAAUGUUCUCUAAAGUCCAAGUUCCUAUUUUGGGAAUUGUAGAGAACAUGAGUUGCUUUACAUGUCCACAUUGUGGUGAACCUUCGUUCAUUUUUGGUAAUGGAGGAACUCGUAAGACUGCUUCUGAAAUGGGCUUGGAAUUUGUUGGUGAGAUACCAUUAGAAGUGGACAUUAGAAAAGGUGGUGAUGACGGUGUUCCUAUAGUAGUGUCAGCGCCUGAUUCUCUAGUUUCCAAAGCAUUUGGUGAUUUAGCUCAAAAAGUUGUGGACAGACUCGAUGAAUUGUCCAAGGAACACCCUCCUCCCGAGAUUUUGCUUUGAAGUUGUGGGGUUUGUUUCAGAAACUAAAUAAAGCGCCCCCUUUACUAGUUACUACGAGUUCUUUAGGCAAUUUUUUAAUUAUGGAUUAUUCUUUUAGGUAUGGGACAAUAAUUAUGCAAUUUUUAUCCAUUUUUUCCCAACGUAUUUACAUUGCACCAUCUUAGGAAAAUUUGGUCAAAGUUUGGAAAAAAAGUGAACCUUGUGAUUUCCAA